AUGCAAUUCGUCAAGUUGCUCUCCCUCAUUUUCCUGUUGUUCGUCUUCGUCGUUCCGUCGACCCACGGCCAAUCGUCGCAAGAAGAAUCAUUUUUCCGGCUCCAAAAAUCCGGUCGCCCAAUGAUGAAGGCCUUCAUGAACCGCUUCCCAUACCAUAAUCCAAUGUUCACUCUACGAGAAGAAGGAGGUCGUCAACGUCCAUUUUCUGGAUUCUAA